AUGCAUUUCUCGACAAACAGCUUAGUUCUAUACAUGAUCACCUCAGCGUCAUGUAUAGCAGCGUCCCCUCUGUAUAUCCAACAUUCUCGAAGAAAAGGUCUGAGCACAAGCACAUGGAAACCGUCAGCAUUCGUAAACCCAAAUACCGACAAGGUCACAACACCACAUAUCCUUGAGCUUACGAAGAUCAACAACAAGGGUAACGCCCGCAGCGCAGUCGACCUCAACAGUCAAAUUCGGACCGGAUCUGCAAACCUAGUCUCCCUGGCUGAAGGAGGCGGUUUCGCGACAUCCAUCACGAUCGGCAAUCAGACAUUCGAGGUGGUCAUCGACACAGGGUCUAGCGAUUUAUGGGUCGUACGAGACGGUUUCUCAUGCGUCAACCCUGAAAGUAGUGCGGAGGUCGCGCAGUCAGCGUGUGCAUUCGGGCCGACAUACUCACCUGAUAGCACAUUCCAUCAAAUCGACGGCGAGUAUCUGGAUAUCAAGUACGCAGACGGGGAGAUUCUCUCCGGCGUCAUCGGCACCGAGAAUGUAACAUUAGCCGGCAUCACGGUCAACCAGACUAUCGGCCUGGUGGAUUACGCGGGUUGGUAUGGCGAUGGUGUCACGUCGGGUUUGAUGGGUCUCGCGUACCCUUCUCUCGCGAACGCCUACACGAUGGAUUAUAAGCAACCGACCCUCUACAACCCCGUUUUCGCAACCAUGUACGAGCAUGGCCUCAUUGAUCCCGUCUUUAGCAUGGUUAUGAACCGCAAUGCAUCCAAUGCAACGGCAGCCGGUUACCUGACUCUGGGUGGAUUGCCGCCCAUCGACAUCAAGGGGAAUUUCAGCACCACGCCUAUCCUGAUCACGAACAUCAAAGGCUAUCCGAAGACUUAUGAUUUCUACACUGUCAAUAUUGAAGGAGCUAUAGUAGGCAACCGGAGCUUACCAGAGGCUGGUGGGAAUAUUCAAUAUCUUGUCGACUCAGGCACGACUCUCAACUACUACCCAAACUCUAUAGCGGACGCCAUCAAUGCAGCAUUUAGUCCCUCCGCGGUAUACGACAACAACGAGGGAGCGUAUGUUGUGGAUUGUAACGCGAAACCGCCAGUCCAUGGUGUCACAAUUGGGGGUUCGACAUUCUACAUCAAUCCAAUGGAUAUGAUACUACCAGGCGGAACGGAUAACAAGGGGAACAAGAUCUGCAUUAGCGGGAUCAAUGCUGGAGGAGAUGCUGGGCAGGGUAUAUUUGUCCUGGGAGGCACGUUUUUGAGAAAUGUGGUGGCGGUGUUUGACGUUGGGGCUGCAGAGAUGCGAUUUGCGUUGAAUGCCUGA